CAGACUACUUGUUGAAGAAUGAGUUUUGUUUUGGAGGAUUGGAAUCGUCUGCUAGUGCUCAUGCUAGCCGCUUGCUAAAAAUGGUCGACCGCAAGGCCUCGGCCGGUUUGUUUAUUGGCGUGGAUGUUGGUACAGCCAGCGUACGGACAGCAGUCGUCAACAACACUGGAACUAUCGUAAGGACAGCGAGUCGACCAAUCAGAAUUUGGCAGUCGGAAGGAGGCAUCUACGAGCAAUCUUCAGAGAAUAUUUGGACAGAAUGGCGUGCAGCUAUGAACGAAGCGAUGGAAGGACUAGAUGCAAGUCUAAUCAAGGGAAUUGGAUUUGAUGCAACCUGCUCCCUUGUUGCCAUGGAUACCAACUUCAAACCAAUCACAGUCAGCAAGAGUGGAGAUAAUCAAAGGAAUAUAGUUAUGUGGAUGGAUCACAGAGCGUCAGAGCAGGCCGCUGAGAUCAAUCUGACAAAGCAUGACGUACUGCACUAUGUGGGAGGGACAAUAUCACUGGAAAUGCAACCUCCUAAACUGUUGUGGUUGAAACAGAAUCUCAAAGCUAAGUGUUGGGACAGAGCUGCCCAUUUCUUUGAUCUGCCAGACUACUUGACGUGGAGGUCAACUGGAACACUAUCGAGAUCUCUUUGCUCAGUGGUUUGUAAAUGGACGUACCAAGCUGAUCAGACCGGGAGGAGUGAAUGGAGUGAUUCCUUCUGGGAAGAAAUUGGUCUUGGGGAUCUCAAGGAAAAUAAUUACGCUAAAAUCGGUGCUACUGUCUUGUCGCCAGGGGAGCCCGUUGGUUCUGGGCUGACCAAUCAGGCUGCAGCAGAACUUGGCCUCCUGCGGGGAACGCCUGUAGGUAGCUCCAUUAUUGAUGCCCAUGCUGGAGGUCUAGGUGUGCUUGGUGCUGAUGUAUCUUGCUGCGGAAUGUCAAAUGAUGAUGUCACAAUGACAUCACGGUUAGCUCUCAUAAGUGGAACAUCAUCUUGCCAUAUGGCAAUGAGCAAAGAGCCAACAUUUGUCCCUGGUGUUUGGGGACCCUACUAUAGUGCAAUGGUCCCAGGUUAUUGGCUGAAUGAAGGAGGGCAGAGUGUGUCUGGUAAACUCAUAGACCAUGUUAUUGAAUCCCAUCCCGCAAACCAAACACUCAAGACGGACGCUGAAAACAAUGGUGUAACUGUAUAUCAGCACUUGUUCAACUUACUUGAAAUUAUGUCAGCAUCUCAACCAACAGUGUCGAUGGCAGAAUUGACGAGAGAUUUACAUAUAUGGCCAGAUUUCCAUGGAAACCGCUCACCACUGGCUGAUUCAAGUCUGAAAGGAAUGAUAAGUGGACAGUCCCUAUCUACCUCCAUCAGUGACCUUGCUGUACUCUACUUAGCAACAGUGCAAGCCAUUGCUCACGGUACUAGGCAUAUUAUAUCGUCAAUGGAGGGCGCUGGUCAUCGUAUAUCAAUGGUGUUUGCUUGCGGGGGACUCAGCAAGAAUCAACUUUUUAUACAAACGCAUGCUGACGUCACAGGUCUUCCCAUUGUUCUUCCCAAGGAGAGCCAGUCUGUUCUGAUUGGUGCAUCUUUACUCGGUGCCCGUGCCUCUGGCUGGUUCCCAACUGUUCAGGAUGCUAUGAAGUCUAUGGGAGGAGCUGGUGAUGUCAUCCGCCCUGAUCCCAAGACAAAGCAAUUCCACGACAGAAAGCACAGGGUUUUCCUUAAAAUGGUGGAUGACCAGAGGGGGUACAGAAGCAUCAUGGAAGAGCCACACUGAACGUCAGUUGUCUCUGUGAAGAUUCCUGUCAAGGGAGCUCGGCAAACUCCUACAUGAGGAUAUAAAUACCAAGCUGGCAAACAUUGGUUUGAGAUCUUUGAUUAUGAAUUGCACAAAUUAGAAAUUGUGGUUCAGUAAACUGGACAAUAUUUAUAAAAUCAGCGGUUGGCUUGGUGGAAUUCGAACCCACAACCUUGUGAUUGCAAGUCCUGUAGUCUAACCACUGGACCACAGUUAGCUUGGUAGG